CAUUCACUGCUGCUGCUCAGGUUUUAAGGGAGUGCAAAAGGAGUGACAAAGGGAAAGUCGCAGCAGAGGAGAGGAACCCUGCUGCAGAGGAGGAAGAGGAGGCUGAAGUCUGAUGUUCCUCUAGAGGAGAGGGAGUCAGGAGAGGGACGACCGGGCUCCAGGAGUGGCACUGACCCAUCAGUGGGAGGUUCCCCCAGGGGGGUUUCACAGAUUUUCGGCAGCGUCCUCUCCUCUCCGGCUGGAGUCAGACCCCCCACCCCCACCCACCCUCGUCCCCCCCCAGGAUCUAGAGCCAUGGAGCCGUCUGUGUCCACCGAGGUGGAGGGGGAGCCCAAGGAGAGGAAGAAGAUCCAGUUUGCCAUGCCCUCCGCUGCACCCACCAACCUGGACCCCCGGCAAGUGGAGAUGAUCCGACGCAGGAGGCCCACACCGGCCACGCUCUUCAGAGUAGCGGACCAGACGUCGCCCGAGGACGAUCAGUCCACACAUCAGUGGGUCGUGGGAGAAAACGGAGUCCUGAAACCCAAACGGGUCAAUCCCAAUGUGUAUCAGCCUCCAUCGCUCAGAGCUGUGCAGAAGAUGGCUGAGGCGCAUAUGCAGCACCUAGGUGUCUACCCUCCUAUGGAAGACCCUUGUGAAGGGGAGGAGGAUGAGGAGGAGGAGGAGGAGGCAUCUCCCAACAAAGCUUCUGAUCACCACGAGACGGCGACCGCCGAGCAGCCGGACAAGCUGUCCAGCGUGAGGGAGACGGCCAAGCAGACCCCGGCCGCCCGGGGGGAGGAGGUCGACGAGGGAGAGGAGGGAGGGGGAGACCAAGAGGGACGCAAGCCGGCGGGAUCCACAGAGGAGAACAGCCGGGGGUGUAACUGAGAGAGAGGGAGCUACGGAGGGAAGGGACGGUGAAAUCGGUGGUGUUUAGAUAAAGAUCUGAAAUUCUCAAAGAAUUUAAGAAGCUGGUUGUAACUUUAUGGUGGAUUUCUGAGUCUGAAUGAAGCGAGAGCGACAAGAUGCUGUCAUGGAAUCAAAGAUUUCUGUGCUACUUCACCUCUAAAGAGAAACGGGGGAGAUGAGGAUUAAAAAGGAGGAGACAGAGAGGGCGUUUGUGUAUGGCCGGGCCCUGAUGAGCAGGUGGGGAGUGAAGCUACUGACAGAGCAGACGACAGACGCCACUCUGGCCCUCACUGUCUGAAAUGAAGGCAGAGGAGUCAAGGUCAGCUCGGCCUUCUCUCCUCUUACUCUUAUCUGCACAAAACUUAAAAAAGGAGGGGUCAAAUGGCAAGAAACACAACAGAAACUUUAUAUAUUUAGAUUAAAAAAAAGUUGUGGCACCUGCAGGACUCUGACUGUGUGGGGUGUGUGUGAGUGUGUGUGUGUUUCCUCAUUAUGUAGAACUCUUCAGCCUACUGACUUGCAGCAUCUCAGCAUCUGUCAUGUUUGUAUGUGGCGCCACCUGCUGGUGAGAGUCCAGUAUGAGGGGUUUAAAGUGCUACUCCAGCUUCAAUCAAGGACUUCAUGUUGGGACUUCUGGUGCGUUCAUGGGCAAAUGAGCGGUGGGAAUUAUCGCACUCCCAAGUUGAGCGCCUGGAAUUUUUUUUAACUCAGAACUUCCCACUUGGAAUGUGGUGUGUUUUGUAAAGCUCUUUAGCACUGGGAAGAAAUAUUUCAUGAAGAAUUUCUCUGUUUUAAACCAACCUCAGUGCGGUUUAAGUGAAAAUAGCAAUGUCUCAUUAGCCUGGGAAAAAAAAAAA